ACGAGUGCGACGGUACGUUUAUCGGAUCGUUCAUGUUUUCACGUUUUCUGUGAGUUUGGUGUAAUUUACAAAAAUUUAUAUUAAAAGAUGUCCGUGAAAGCUGACAGCUCGGCUGUAGAUUCUCUGAUUUACGAGUAUUUAAAGCAAAAACAUAACGAUUUAGCAGAAGUCUUUCGUAAGAAAACAAAAGCUAAACCUUUGCCUCCAAACUCACCUAACAUUCUAGAAGUUUACGAUGGGUUCAAAAAUUCGUUUCAAGCAGUGAAACGUCCACUUCCGAGUUUGCCGAGUAAUGCACUGAUGGGUAGGCCGGCAAAGCGAGCAAAGAAAGAUAGUAGUUCGUCAGAUUCCGAUUCGAGUGACGAUGAACAGCCUCCUACCAAACAAAAUGGAAUACAAAAGUCAAAUGCUAAGAAGUCGUCGUCGUCGUCUUCUGAUAGUUCGUCAGAGGAUGAAAACAAGAAAAAGAUACCUGCUACUACACCUUUAAAAAAGACUUUACCUAUUAAACAGAUUUCAUCUAAAUCAAAUGCCAUAACCAAAAAACAAAGUGAUAGCUCAGAUUCUAGUUCAGAUUCAGAUACUAAUCAAGCUGCUACCAAACCCAAUAUACCUCAGAGAGUGCCUAACAAGCUAUCUAAGGCCCCGACUAAAGCUCCCGUUAAAACACAGUCUGGUUCUUCGGAUUCAGAAUCCGAUUCGAGUAGUUCAGACGACGAUAAAGCUUCCAAGAAACAACUACUAUCUGCAAAACCAUUAAUUGCUAAUGCAAAACCAGUCCCAAAAAAGGCAGACAAAGACAAUUCUUCUGAUGACAGCAGUUCCGAAUCUGAAGCAGAAAAGAAAGUGCCCCAAUUUCCCAAAAAGCCAGUUCCCAUUGCAAGUAAGAGGAAGGAAAGUAGUUCCGAUAGUUCCUCUUCCGAAGAUGAGAAACCUAAUUUAAAUAAAACUGUCGCUAAGCAACCGGUACAGUUAUCGACAAAAGUAGUAAAAUCUGUAGCUAAAAAGGAUAGUUCAAGCGAUAGUAGUGAUAGUAGUACUGAUGAAGAUACAAAAAAGAAGAUUAGUUUACCUGCUAAAGCAUCUGUUCCUAAUUUGACUAGCAAGGCACUAGUUACUUCAAAAAUUGCAUCCAAAAAGGAAAGUUCAGAUUCUAGUUCAAGUGAUAGUGAUUCUGAUGAUGAUGUGAAAAAGAAGGCUAGCUUAUCUGUUAAAACUCCAGUUGUUAAGAAGCCAAUUGCUCCAAAAACUGUAUCUAAAAAGGAAAGUUCAGAUUCUAGUUCAAGCGAUAGUGAUUCUGACAAUGAUACAAAAAAGAAGGCGAGUUUACCUGAUAAAACUCCAGUUGUUAAGGGGCCAAUUGCUCCAAAAACUGUGUCUAAAAAGGAAAGUUCAGAUUCUAGUUCAAGUGAUAGUGAUUCCGACGAAGACAAAAACAAGAAGAUUGGCAUCUCUGUUAAAGCAUCUGUUCCCAUCGCUAAAACUCUAAAUGUUGCUUCAAAACCUGUGACUAAGAAAGAAAGUUCUGAUUCUAGUUCUGAUGAUGAUGAUGAUGCAAAUUUACCCAUUAAAACACAGACGCCCUUACCAAAUUUAACUACUAAAACUACGGUUAUGUCAAAAGCUAAAACACAAAAAAGCUCGGAUUCUAGUUCAGAUGAUUCGAGCUCAGAUGAGUUAACUAAGAACAAAUCUGUUAGUUCUCCUAACUUGAAAAGAAUUCAAUCUCCUACAGUUGCCAGUAAAUCGCCUUUGAAAAAGACAAAAUUAGAUCUUAAGAAAGCUCCUGCAGAUAGCAGUUCUGAUUCAUCAUCUGAUGAAGAAGAUCAGAAGAAAUUACAACAGAAACCAUUACAAGCAGCUACAGCAACAAAACAGACUAAAAAGGAUUCGUCCGAUAGUUCUUCAGAUUCCGAUGAACCGUCUAAGAAAGUACCAGCUGCUCUUAAAGUGCCAAUAAAAGCUACCGUUGCAAAAAAAGAAUCUAGUUCCGAUUCCUCAGAUUCAUCUGAUUCUGAUUCCAAGAAGAGCAAACAACAGUCAGUUUCAACUCCUGCUGUAAAGAAACCUGUCAAUACUAAUGUUAUAAAGACCCCAGCAAAAAGUAGUUCAGAUUCAUCAUCAGAUGAUUCUUCAGAUGACGAUAAACCAAAGGUUAAUAUAAAAAAAACUUUAUUAAAUAAAUCACUCGGUGUUACAGAUUCAGCAUCCAAAACUGCAGGAGGAAAACAAGUAAAAUCAAAUUCACAAAAACAAUCAAAAUCGUCUAGUGAUAGUUCAAGUUCUGAUUCGGAUGAACCGAAAAGUAAAACAGUAACUCCAAUAGUGAAGAAAUCGCCUCCAAAGCAGAUAACACAUCCGAAGAUGUUAAAGGGAAAGUCAGAUUCCUCUAGUGAUAGCUCGAGUUCUGAUUCAGACAAAGAACCUCCAAAAAAAAUUGCAAAUGUUAGCAUAAACAAUGCAAAACCUAUAUUAAAUAAUGUAAAAUCUCCAGUUAAAAGUAAUUUGGUUACUCCGUCGGUAAAGAAAAAGCCAAAUGAUUCUAGUGAUAGUUCAAGUUCUGAUUCAGAUGACGAACCUCAAACCAAUCCCGCAAACGCUAGUGUAAAUAACGCAAAACCUUCUAAUGUCAAUGUAAAAUCUCCACUGAAAAAUAAUUUUAAAGUUACAUUGCAGAAAAAACCAAAUGCAUCUAGCGAUAGUUCCAGUUCAGAUUCUGAAGACAAACCUCCGGCAAAAGCUGCAAGCGUUACCACGAAUAAUGCAAAAUCCCCAAUAAAGAAUAACUCCGUGGUUGUGUCUCGGAAAACUUCAAAAUCCUCUAGUGAAAGUGAUAGUUCAGACUCUGACGACGAACCGCAAGUGAAGAAUGUAACUCCGAGGUCGAAACCUGUGAGCAAUACAACACAGCAACCCAAGAAGUCACAGUCAAGCAGUGAUAGUUCUGAUUCAGAUUCAAAAACAACAAAACAAAAAACUUCUGCAUUAAAAACUCCUAUAGUUAGGCAACCAUUUGUUAAAGCUACACAAGAUUCGGACUCUGAUUCUUCAUCCAAUUCAGAGGACGAAUUGGCAAACAAAUCAAUAAGUCAGACUAAAUCAACAACAAAUUCCGUACAAAAAGAUGUUAAUAAAAAUGUAUCCAAAGAAGCAAGAAAAGGUAGCAGUUCUGAUAAUUCAUCGGAGUCUGACUCGGAAACUGAAAAAAAGACUCAAACUGUGAAGUACAGUACCCCCAAUGCCAUUCAGAAGACCAAAACGGGAGCUUUUGAAUUGUCAGAUAAGGAAACUGAGAGCGAGCUGUUUAUCACACCCGUUGCGAAAACAGACAAUCAGUCCGAGGCUAAAUCUAAUAAAGGAAAGAGGAAAAAGUUUGAGAAAUCGUUUGGUACUCCAACUUUUAAUAAUUCAGGAAGUUUUAACAAUUCCAAUAGAUCAUUUAAUCAAAGAAAGAAUGAAAAUUCAUUCAAUUCCAGCAACAACGCUCAAAACAAAAGUUUUAGUUUUGACAACAGCCAAAAUAAGGUAAGCGUUGGGUAAUUUUUUUCUUUUAAA